AGGGAUGACAUCUAACUGAGGAUGAAGCCACACACUGGCACUGGCACUGGAAGUGGCACACUGGGUCCAUUGAUUCGGAUGAUACCCGCCUACAGUGAGACCUGGACCAAUGGGUGUCUGUGUGGUACCCGUGUGAGGCUCCAUUGAGACUUUACUAGAGGCUUUUAUUGUGGUUGGCACUGAGCCGAGGACACUUGGUGGGACAGAGGAGUCGGGUUGACUUUUAACAUCACAUUUUAAAUACGUUGUGUGUGUGUUUUUACUCAUCAAACAUGGACCGACCGAGCCUCCGUAGACUGUUUUCUGCCUGUGAUGUGAACAAAUCGGGUAAAAUCGAGUUCGAGGACUUCACCGCUGUCUGUCGCGAGCUCAACGUCCCCGAGACUCACAUCAGAACUCUCUUCGACAAGUUCGACGCGGACGAGGACGGGUACAUCGACUACAGCCGGUUUUCGUCCCGGUUUCAGGAGGUCUCAGAGACUUUGGACUUGGCGGCUCUUGGAGCUGGGUCGUCCCCAAACCAGGGCUCACCAUGGGAGGACUUUCUAGGCAGGACAGAUGCGGCGGCUCUCCUCUCAGAUAGUCUCAGGGAGCAGCUGGCUGAUCUUUACCAGGCCAUUCACUCCUCUGCAAACACGACGCUGCUGCAACAGUAUGAAGAAAUCAUCCACUCUCUGAUCAGUCAAAGCCUGGACAACAGACUAGAGUGUGAACAGCUGGAGACCAGUAUAAAGCGAGCUGAGGAGAUGAACAACAGUCAGCUGGCAGAACUGGAGGACGAUAUACAACAGCAGCUUGCCAGAACGGAGGAGAGGGUGAGAGACGAGGAGCGCAGGAAGAUGGAAGGAGUCAUGGCGACCAUGCAGAGGAAGCACGAGAAUGAGGUUGCAGACCUGCGUGCAGCUGUGGACAGACUGUUAAAGAGCCAAGAGGACUCUCAAUCCAACCACACAAAGGAGGAGGUGGUCAGACUAAACAACCAGAUCAGUGAUCUGUCACAGGAAAAUGAGGAGCUGCGGAGCUCUCUGCUGCAAGCACAGACGAACAUCGCCAUCCUGCACGCAGAGCUGGACAAGCUGAAGAAUAUGUACGCAGACCAGAAAGCUCAACAUGACAGAGAAACAGAAGAACUGAAGAGGAUGGUUUUGGAGUACCAGUCAUAUUCCAGUCAGAUCCAGAUUCUCCAGGAAACAAACAAAAAGCUGUAUGACAGUAAUGAUGGGCUGCGCUCUGCGUUGGCCACUGAAGCAGUUGCAGCCAAAAGGAGGCUGUCUCCCCAAAAUGAAAUCCCGGCCCGAAGGAUGAAGCCCCUCCGGCAGAGCACACUCAACCAUGGCAGCUCGGAGCCAGAUCCCAGCAAAACGACCUAUUCUCAUGUGGCCACCUGGGCCGAUAAGUACCUGGACAGUGGAGUCUCGCUGCCCAUGGACACAGCUGAGAGCUCAGGGAGCGAUUAUGACAGCGAUGACAGUAGGGACUCAGUGGAAACUGUGCACCACAGUUACUCAUACGUCCCAUCUGAUGUGGAGAUAUCAGACUUGAAAUCUGAAGCUGCAGUGUCGAUGGCUCCUAGCAAGGCGAGCUCUCUUGCAUCAUCCCUACGAAGACGUUUGUCUGCAUUUUCUACAAAGCCUUUAGAAGCCGACAUAGUAGAAUCUGAGGAACCUACUCCGAUGUACCGUCUGGUUUUAGCCGGAGACGCAGGAGCUGGAAAGUCCAGCUUCCUGCUGAGACUGACACUCAACGAGUUCAGGGGAGACAUUCAGACAACGCUGGGAGUAGAUUUUCAAAUAAAGAGGAUGCUUGUGGACGGAGAGAAGACGAGCCUGCAGAUAUGGGACACAGCCGGGCAGGAGAGGUUUCGUAGUAUUGCCAGAUCCUAUUUCCGUAAAGCUCACGGAGUCCUGCUCCUCUACGACGUCACCUCAGAAAGCAGCUUUCUCAACGUCAGAGCCUGGGUGGAUCAGAUUCAGGAUUCAACGGACGAGAAAAUCCCCAUGUGUGUUAUUGGAAACAAGGUGGACCUCCGAGAGGAGCUUCCAGAGGGGAGCUGUGUGAGCAGUAUGCACGGAGAGAAGUUGGCCAAGGCAUACGGCGCCUUGUUCUGCGAAACGAGUGCCAAAGAGGGAACCAACGUCGUGGAGACCGUGCUUCAUCUAGCGAGAGAAGUAAAGAAAAAUGUCAAACUGAGGCGGCAGUCAGAUUCUCAGGUCAGACUGAGUCAAUCCAACCCAAAGAAGACUCUCAACGCCUGCUGCGGACUGUAGAUGGUUGAUAUCAGUAGACACGAUGGAGCAGAG